AUGCCUAUCUCCAAGAUCCACGCUCGUUCCGUCUACGACUCUCGCGGUAACCCUACCGUCGAGGUCGAUGUCGUCACCGAGACCGGCUUGCACCGCGCCAUUGUUCCCUCUGGAGCUUCCACUGGUCAACACGAGGCCUGCGAGCUCCGUGAUGGUGACAAGACCAAGUGGGGUGGAAAGGGUGUCCUCAAGGCCGUCGCCAACGUCAAUGAUACCAUCGGACCCGCCAUCAUCAAGGAAAACAUCGACGUCAAGGACCAGAGUAAGGUUGAUGAAUUCCUCAUCAAGCUCGACGGCACACCCAACAAGACCAACCUCGGUGCCAAUGCCAUCCUUGGUGUCUCAUUGGCCAUUGCCAAGGCUGGUGCUGCUGAGAAGGGCGUCCCUCUCUACGCUCACAUUUCCGACCUUGCCGGAACCAAGAAGCCAUAUGUUCUCCCCGUUCCUUUCCAGAACGUCUUGAACGGUGGUUCCCACGCUGGUGGCCGUCUUGCCUUCCAGGAAUUCAUGAUCGUCCCUGACACCGCUCCCACAUUCAGUGAAGGUCUCCGCCAGGGUGCCGAAGUUUACCAGAAGCUCAAAUCUUUGGCCAAGAAGAAGUACGGCCAGUCUGCUGGUAACGUCGGUGAUGAGGGUGGUGUUGCUCCCGAUAUUCAGACUGCCGAGGAGGCUCUCGACUUGAUCACCGAGGCCAUUGAGCAGGCCGGAUACACUGGCAAAAUCAAGAUUGCCAUGGACGUUGCCUCCAGCGAGUUCUACAAGACCGAUGUCAAGAAAUACGACCUCGACUUCAAGAACCCUGAGAGCGACCCCGAGAAGUGGCUCACCUACGAGCAGCUUGCCGACUUGUACAAGAACCUUGCCAAGAAGUACCCCAUUGUCAGCAUUGAGGAUCCUUUUGCUGAGGAUGACUGGGAGGCUUGGAGCUACUUCUACAAGACCUCUGACUUCCAGAUUGUUGGUGAUGACUUGACCGUCACCAACCCCCUCCGCAUCAAGAAGGCCAUCGAGCUCAAGUCCUGCAACGCCCUUUUGCUCAAGGUCAACCAGAUCGGUACCCUCACUGAGUCCAUCCAGGCCGCCAAGGACUCCUACGCCGGUGGCUGGGGUGUCAUGGUUUCUCACCGCUCCGGUGAGACCGAGGAUGUCACCAUUGCCGACAUUGUCGUUGGUCUCCGCGCCGGUCAGAUCAAGACUGGUGCUCCUGCCCGUUCCGAGCGUCUUGCCAAGCUCAACCAGAUCCUCCGUAUCGAGGAGGAGUUGGGCAACAACGCUAUCUACGCUGGCGAGAACUUCCGCCAUGCUGUCAACCUUUAA